CCCCGGAUGUGGGCGGAACCCCGAGGUGCGGAGGGUCUCCUCUGCGGCGGUUUGGAGAGGCGGAACUAUGUCUUCUCCUUAAUUAUCAUGUGAGGGCCUAAGAAUUUAAUGGGGGGAAAAGUGUGGAAGAGGACUAGGAUCCACACUGGCGGAUUUCCCGACCUUCGCUGCCCUCUCGGCUCUCCCGCCAGCCGCGCUACCAGGGUGUGUCUCGCUUAUUUCAUCCCCGAAACAGCCUCUUUAAACUGUUUAAAUGAGAAUGUCCUUGGCUCAGAGAGUACUCCUCACCUGGCUUUUCACACUGCUCUUCCUCAUCAUGUUGGUGUUGAAACUGGAUGAGAAGGCCCCGUGGAAUUGGUUCCUCAUAUUUAUUCCAGUCUGGAUAUUUGACACUAUCCUUCUUGUCAUGCUGAUUGUGAAAAUGGCCGGACGGUGUAAGUCUGGCUUUGACCCCCGACAUGGAUCGCACAAUAUUAAAAAAAAAGCCUGGUACCUCAUUGCAAUGUUACUGAAGUUAGCCUUCUGCCUCGCACUGUGUGCUAAACUGGAACAGUUUACUACCAUGAAUCUUUCCUAUGUCUUCAUUCCUUUAUGGGCCUUACUGGCUGGCGCUCUAACAGAACUUGGAUAUAAUGUCUUUUUUGUGAGAGACUGACCUCUGAGUACAUCGUCUCAUUUCUGUUGCUGUUCAACAAGCUAUACAGUAUUCCGAAUGUUUGCAAGUUUAAAGGAUAACAGAACUAAGGGAAAAUAUCAAGUGUAGUCUUAAACUACUACGAAACAGGAUUGGUGUGGCACGAACUUAUAGCCAACCCAAAGCUAAAUUAUUUAAUAUCUAAGUUGAUAUCUUUAUCUCUGUAAAUAAAGCUUGUUUCUGACCUCA